AUGACUAUCUCUUCUGCACAUCCAGAAACAGACCCCAAAUGGUGGAAAGAAGCCACAAUCUACCAGAUUUACCCAGCAAGUUUCAAAGACUCGAACAAUGAUGGCUGGGGUGAUAUGAAAGGUAUCGCUUCUAAAUUGGAGUACAUCAAAGGUCUUGGCGUUGAUGCCAUUUGGAUCUCGCCAUUCUACGACUCUCCACAAGAUGAUAUGGGCUAUGACAUUGCCAAUUAUGAAAAAGUUUGGCCAACCUAUGGUACCAAUGAAGACUGCUUUGCCCUGAUCGAAAAAACCCAUAAGUUUGGGAUGAAAUUCAUCACCGAUUUGGUCAUUAACCACUGCUCAAGCGAACACGAAUGGUUCAAAGAGAGUAGAUCUUCCAAGACCAACCCAAAGCGUGACUGGUUCUUCUGGAAGCCUCCUAAGGGUUACGAUGACGAAGGUAAUCCAAUUCCUCCAAACAAUUGGAAAUCCUAUUUUGGCGGUUCCGCAUGGACUUUCGACGAAAAGACGCAAGAAUUUUACUUGCGUCUAUUUUGUCCUAGGCAACCUGAUCUCAAUUGGGAGAGUGAGGAUUGCAGAAAAGCAAUUUACGAAAGUGCUGUUGGAUAUUGGCUAGAUCAUGGUGUAGACGGUUUCAGAAUCGAUGUGGGGAGCUUGUACUCCAAAGUCGUCGGUCUACCAGACGCACCCAUCACCGAUAAAAAUUCACUCUGGCAAUCCAGCGAUCCCUUGACUCUAAAUGGGCCACGUAUCCAUGAAUUCCAUCAAGAAAUGAACAGGUUUAUCAGAAAUAGGGUUAAAGAUGGCAGGGAGAUCAUGACAGUUGGGGAAAUGCAACAUGCUUCAGAUGCAACUAAGAAGUUAUACACAAGUGCUUCAAGAUGCGAGCUUGGUGAAUUGUUCAACUUCUCCCAUACUGAUGUUGGUACUUCUCCAUUAUUCCGUUACAAUUUGGUUCCAGCAGAAUUGAAAGAUUGGAAGGUUGCGCUUGCAGAGCUGUUUAGAUACAUCAACGGAACUGAUUGUUGGUCAACUAUUUAUCUAGAAAAUCACGACCAACCUCGUUCAAUCACCAGAUUUGGUGAUGAUUCCACAAAAAACCGUGUAAUUUCAGGGAAGUUGUUGUCUGUGUUGUUGGUCUCGUUGACCGGCACGUUGUUUAUUUAUCAAGGCCAAGAGCUGGGCCAAAUCAAUUUCAAGAACUGGCCUGUUGAGAAGUACGAAGACGUCGAGAUCAGAAAUAACUACAAGCUCAUUAAGGAAGAGCAUGGUGAAAAAUCUGAACAAAUGAAGAAAUUUUUGGAUGGAAUCGCCUUGGUUUCUAGAGAUCACGCUAGAACUCCUAUGCCUUGGACACAUGAGGAACCGAACGCUGGUUUCUCUGGUCCCAACGCCAAACCAUGGUUUUCCUUGAACGAGUCCUUUAGAGAAGGAAUUAAUGUGGAAGAUGAACAAAAAAACCCAGAUUCUGUGUUGGCAUUCUGGAGAAAGGCCUUGGAAUUCAGGAAGAGUCAUAAGGACAUUGCUGUUUACGGCUAUGAUUUUGAAUUUAUUGACCUGGACAAUAAGAGAUUGUUUAGUUUUACUAAAAAGUACGAGAAUAAGACUUUGUUUGCAGCUUUGAAUUUCAGUUCCGAACUAUUGGACUUUGAAAUACCAAAAGCUAAUUCUUCUUAUACUCUUGCCUUUGGUAAUUACCCAAGCGACCAAAUCAACCCAUCUUCCAGAACUUUGAAGCCAUGGGAAGGAAGAAUUUAUAUCGAUGAAUGA